ACCAUUAUCCGAGGCAACAGUCCCAGGCACGUCACACGCAGCAGCCCACCUCCAGCCGCCCGCUAUAGGUGUGAUACUGUGCGGGGAGGAGCGGGUGGCCGGUGACAGUGCGCGCCGUGCACCAGGAAGCAGCUGCCGCCGGUGACAGUGUCACAGACAGGAGCUGAGCUCGCCCGGGUACUGUGCAGUUGAGGCCCCGCAUUGCACGGUAAAAAUGGCCGAUCCGUGGCAAGAAUGUCUGGAUUUCGCUGUUCAGCUUGCAAGAAAAGCUGGCGCAGUGGUGUGCGCUGCAAUGAAGGAGGAAAUUUCGGUGAUGGAGAAGAGCUCUCCGGCAGACCUGGUGACGGUUACAGACCAGAAAGUAGAAGAAAUUAUAAUCUCAUCAGUCAGAGAGAAAUACCCCUCUCACAGCUUCAUCGGGGAAGAAUCUGUGGCAGCGGGUCAGGCAUGUACUCUGACCGAUAACCCAACCUGGAUCAUUGACCCCAUCGAUGGCACCACUAACUUUGUGCACAGGUUUCCGUUUGUGGCAAUAUCCAUCGGCUUUGCAGUGAAUAAACAGGUUGAAUUUGGAGUGGUGUACAGUUGUGUAGAAGACAAGAUGUACACUGGCAGAAGGGGAAAAGGGGCGUAUUGUAAUGGCCAGAAAUUACAGGUCUCUGGGCAGAAGGAUAUAACAAAAUCCAUGAUUAUUACAGAAUUGGGAUCAAAUCGUAACCCAGACGUUAUUGCUACUGUUCUGUCUAACAUGGAGAGACUAUUGUGUAUUCCAAUCCAUGGGAUCCGGGCAGUGGGCACGGCAGCUGUGAACAUGUGUCUAGUGGCUACAGGAGGCGCUGAUGCUUAUUAUGAGAUGGGCAUCCAUUGCUGGGACAUGGCUGCAGCGUCUGUCAUCAUUACAGAGGCCGGAGGGGUUAUUUUGGAUGCAAAAGGGGGGCCCUUUGACCUGAUGUCCUGUAGAGUGAUUGCAGCAAGCAGCAAGGAAAUUGGAGAGAGAAUCUCCAAAGAACUCCAUCUUAUACCGUUAGUGCGGGAUGAUGGCCGGAAGCAGUGACCACAUUCCUCGGUUUUAGCAUACAACUGUAUGCCAAUUCCAACUGUAUGCCAGUGGCUGGAAAAUCUUACACACCAUUAGCCCCACCCCAUCCCCCAGUACUACUUCUUUGAUGUCCUGUGUAGACAGGAAGAGGAGUCGAGGCCGACAUAGGGCCCUAUUGCAGUGUGAAAUUGGAACAAAUGUCUUCAUGUACUUCUAAGUUGCAGAGGAUAAGGAUCUCCGAGGAGGUGCCCCACCGGUAAGAGAAGAAGUAACCAAGGAGAUGGGGCUUUAGUUUGAGGAAUGAUUUUGAGCAAACAGUUUUUUUUUACCUUUGUUUACAUCCAUGCAUGGAUGUUUAACCCAAUAUUGGCUGGUUAUACGUUUCAUUUUAGUGAUGUGAUCUUUUUCAGCAAUUUUGCUAAAACUGAAAAUAUUAUUUUAGUUUUUAAUCGAAAAGCAAAACGUGCACCAACAUUUGACAUCUGUAAACUUUAAUUGAGUUUGCCUGUUAGUAGGAAAAAAAACAUUUGUCGAAAUACAGAGCCUUACUGACACUACUAGACUACACAAAACAUACCCCACCCCAGUCUCAGCAGGGUUCUUAUCACUGCCCACUAGAUGUCAUUACGUUUGUUUUAGGAAUGAUAAAAAAUAACAAUGGCCAUGUAAUGUCAGUCAACUUUUAUAUAUACUGGUGACAACGCUAUUUAAAAUAUCCAACGUCUAUCUUGUUUCAAGGAAUAAACAUUUUGAUAAACUUUGUCAUGAAUUGUAACUGAAAAGUGACCGUUAUCCAGGACUAUGGCUGCGUAUUUAACACCUAGUAAAACAAACUUCCAUAAUGUAAUUCAUUUGUCACAUCUGUUUCUAUUUCUAAAGUUUUAAGCACAGUUUACAGAGGUUUCAUACUGCGGUUUCAUUCUUGUAACCUGUGCUGAAGUCCUCAUCCACAAUAUUGUGGCAACAGAAUAAGUGAAGCAGUGCAUGGCCACAUCAUACAUAACAUUUUUCCACCAUAAAUUUUUUGCGCUAGCUGUUAGUAUGUACAGGCAGAAUCGGUAUCAUAAGACCAAGGCCGGAUUCCCGACAGGCGGGAUCCUGAUGGCGAGCACAGCUUGUCCCUUUGCGGGAUCGCUGCACUUUCCACACUUUGGGCCCGGUGGCGAGCUACACUCACCACACUUAUUUAUUAUCCCUUGUGGGGGUGGCGUGGACCACCCCCCAGUCGGGAUUCCAACCGCCAGGAUUUGCUUGGCUGUCGGGAUUCCAGCAUCGGUAUCCUGACCGCCGGGAAAGUAACUGCUUCCCGUACAGUAGAAUGAGCUGCAUGGAAAGUGGCGACACAGCUAAUAGAAAAUGAAAAUAAUAAAAAGGUUCAGGUUAAAAUUAGAGAAAUUCUUCGUUAUUCCACAAGCUAUGCAGAUAAAAUAUUUGGUGGAUAACUUGCGCGUUUUGCCAGCAGAAUUUCUGUGUUACCCAGUUAUAUGCUGACCACACCACCCAGUAUAAUGAAUUGACAGGCAUCACUCUAGCUGUUUUCAUUCAACGAAAAGCAAAUGUUCAAAUACAGCUCAGAAUGGAAAUGCAAAAGAAGAACUCGGAGCAUAAUGGCAGAGCUUUGGCGUGCCACUAAACUUUACACACGCAAGAAAGUAGUCCGCUUCAGUUCAAUGGUGACAUUGCAGAUAAGCCAUUCCUGUGCAGAAGAGGCGGGGCCCAAGACAGGCAGUGUAACAUGUGUUAAGGGCCAUACACACUAGACGACUUUUUUGAAAGGAUUGAAUGAUAUAGACGAUUUUGAACGAUAUAUCGUUCAAGUCGUCUAGUGUGUAUGGUCCCCCCGACGGCCGAUGUGCGCACCCGUGCUCGUUAAGAGCAGGUCGCGGAUCGGCCGUGCAUGCAGCUCAAUAUGACAGUGUCACUUGUGACAUCGCUCAUCACGGCAUGUGUGUACAGGCCAGUACCCACUUAGUGUUCAGAUGAUGACACAGGUCAUCGAUUUUGGAGGCAAUGAUUUACACAGUGGUAAUGAAAGUAAGGACAUUAUAUGUUAGUAUACUGUAUAAUGGUUGGCAAACGAAUUCAGACCAAUCCACGCUGGGGAGCAGUUGGGAUAUUUAUUACUUUAGCUCUUAACAGUUCUUUAGAUUUCUUUCAUUCUUUUUUUUUUUUUUUGGGGGGGGGGGAUUAACGAGGGUGCACCACAGAAUAAGUAUCUUUAUAUAAAUAUUAAUCUUAAUUCUUUUUUUUUCAUUUACAUAUAACUACCUAUAUUCCAUUUACAAAAUAUUUGUUUGAUUCAUUAAUCCCCUAUAUAAAUUACAAUGUGAGAAGCUAAAUAUGUUCUGCUGCUGUCACAUAUAGAGGGGCUUUAAGAUAGAAAGUUGUUGAUGGAAUAAUAAAAAAACAGGUGUGGCUUUCUAAUGGGUUUUGUGUAUGUAGUAAUAGUGUGCCCAUUUAGUAGUAAUUGUCUGGUGAUUACCAGACAAUAUCACGCUACACUACAUAAGUAUUACAAGAGUCAAGGGAUUGGUUGGGCACAUUGCAAGUGUUCAUAAAUUCCUAUACGCUUAUGUCAGCCUACAUUUCCACACUAGGACCUACACCCAGUGUCUUCAGCUUGGCCAUAUAAUCCAAAAAAAGGUGGCCAACUACCAGCACAUUACCAAUAACUCAGCUCAAGGUUCAGAUGGUGACCAACUGCCAGCCCAUUACCAAUAACGCCAUGCUUAAAUAGGGCCACCUGCCUGCCCAUCAACAACAACUCAAGGUAUCCAAACUUCCCUCCCAAUGACACAAAGAUGCCCACAAGGACUGGUGGUGUCACUCACCCCAGUAGGGUAGAAUCAGUCUGAACCCGUGUGUUGGCGGGGAGAGCACCUCGAGACCUACAGACCCUACAGCAAGGCUGUCACUUUUAUAAUCUUCCUGCAAAACUAUAAAGCCAGCAAGAAAGCGUAUGGGUUGGUGGGAGCUUCCAAACAGACCAGGGAGCUCCCAACCAGGAAAUCACUAUUAUAAACCAGCAACUCGGCCAAUAGUGCAAACUAUCAAAAAGAUAAUAUCUCUAUAUGCAUUUUCAUAUUCAAGUGCAGAUUUUCUUGAAAAAAACCUGUUUGCCGAAUGCUUUGUCUUACUGUUUUGGAAAAUGUAUUGAUGCCAAAGUAUGAAUUGCAAACUAUAUAUUGGUGAUGUUUAAAAAAAAAUUAUUUGCUUUUAGUUGAUAUUUAUGACAUUUGAUAUAUAUGAUAAAUCUGUAAUACCUCUAGCUCUCAUAUUACAUGAUCUUACAUGUGUAUGAACGGGUGUGGAUCAUAGGGUAUCCGUUUGGAUGGUCGACUAUGUUAUGGUCGACAGUCAUUAGGUCGACCACUAUUGGUCGACAUUGACAUGGACACAUGGUCGACACAUGAAAAGGUCGCCAUGAGUUUUUCAAAUUUUUUUUCUUUUGUAGAACUUUUCCAUACUUUAUGUUCCACGUGGACUACGAUUGUGAACGGUAACCUGUGCCGAGCGCAGUGGUAGCGAAGCGAGGCACCUUGCCCGAAGCUGCGAGCCAUGCGAGGGGACACAGUGCACUAAUUAGGGUUCCCCGUCACUUUACGCAGAAAACUACACCAAAAAAGUGAAAAACUCAUGUCGACAUUUCCGUGUGUCGACCACAGCCAAUGUUGACCAAUAGUGGUCGACCUAAUGACUGUCGACCAUAACAUAGUCGACCAUUCAUACCGGAUUUGGAUCAUAGGGUUGACAGUCAUUAGGUCGACAAUGACUAGGUCGACACUUGAAAUAGGUCGACUCUGUCAUUAGGUUGACAAUGACUAGGUCGACACUUGAAAUAGGUCGACUCUGUCAUUAGGUUGACAAUGACUAGGUCGACACCUGAAAUAGGUUGAAGCUGUCACUAGGUCAACAUGGGAAAAGGUCAACAUGAGUUUUUUACUUAAUUUUUUACUUUUUUUUUUGUGUGUUUUCUUGGUAAAGUGAUGGGGAACCCCAAUUAGUGCCUUGCUCCGCUGCGUUCGUCACAGGUUACUAUUCCUAGUCGUAGCCCACGUGGAUCGUACAGUAUCAAAAAGUUCCAAGUUUUUGUUUUGGAAAACUCAUGUCGACCUAGUGACCAUGUCGACCUAAUGCAUGUCGACAAACAGUGGUCGACCUAAGUGCAGUCUACCUAAAGACCGGAUCCCGUUUGAACAUAUCUAUCCCGCUGAAUAUAAUAGAACGUUUGGAUCAUUGCCACCAUGCUCCUUCUUUUCAAAAUGUAACUUUGGUAUGUUUUGUCACCUUUUAUAAUGUCAACAUUUACCAUGUCAACAUGCUCAGAAUGUCAGCAAACAGUGGGUUACAGCAGUGUGGCAAUCACCUCAGCUCCAGCAGUGCAGCGGUGUCUUCCUAGUCCGGCAGUGCCAGGUGAUGCGGUGUUCCGGUACACUGGUCCUAAUCCUUGCCGCACACCCAAAUAUCCACAUUCUGCAGAAUGUUGGCAUUUCACAUGAAGACAUUUCAGAUUCUGACAUUGUUAAAAGUGACGAUAUUCUGCAUAUGUUAUCCUGUUCCAUGUCGAUUAAUACUGUCAACAUUCUGGUGUCGUCAUGGUGACUUCAUUCCCCUUAAACAGCUUCCUUUAAAUUACAUGUUUCAUAUGUGUGUAAAAAUAAAAAAACGUUGUAUUAAAA